UCCCUUCCUCUUCUUUAUAAUCCUAUAUUUCUCUCUUUGCAUCUUUCGAGUUCAACAAAAGAUAACAUCUACACUUUCCAACAAAACUCUUACACUAAAAAUGGCCACCAUGACCUCUGCCGCAGUUUCCGUUCCCUCAUUUACAGGUUUGAAAGCUGGUGCCAGCACCAGAGUAGCCACCGUCAAGGUGUCCGUUGCUCCUGCUCCCAUGGCCGGUAUCAGGGCAUCAUUCAAAGAGGUUGGAAUCGCUGUUGCUGCAACUGCUGCAAGCGCAUUGCUCGCAAGCAACGCUUUGGCAGUCGAUAUCUUGCUCGGAAGUGACGAUGGUGGUUUGGCAUUUGUUCCCAACAACUUCACUGUUGCUGCUGGUGAGAAGAUCACCUUCAAGAACAACGCAGGUUUCCCUCACAAUAUUGUAUUCGACGAGGAUGAAAUUCCUGCUGGAGUUGAUGCUUCCAAAAUCUCCAUGAGUGAUGAAGAUCUUUUGAACGCACCUGGGGAAACUUAUAGUGUAACCUUGAGUGAGAAAGGUACUUACAGUUUCUACUGCUCACCUCACCAAGGUGCUGGCAUGGUUGGAAAAGUAACCGUCAACUAAAUAAUAUGAAAAAACUUUUGUAUGGAUUGUUUCAGUGAUUUUUUUCUCUUAUCAUGUUUCUGUGCCUAGAUUGUGAGUGUAAAAUCAUGUAAGAGAUGAAGUAAUGCAAUUACGUUAUGAAAUACAUCAGUCUUGCAAGAUCA